UACGAAGGUGGUACCGUUGUUCUCCUUGCCGCCGGAGUUGAUGGGCACUAAGAGGCACAAGAGAAAAGGUGGCGGCGAACUAAUUAAGCGAAAAGAAAAGGCGCGGAAGCUCUACGAGGGUUCUUACACCGCGCAGCGGCUUCGCCAGGAGAACUUUCGCAGAUUUAUGGUGGGUUUAAUAGUGAGACCGGAGUUGCCGGAGGCGGGCGUGGACCUGAGCGACGAUAAAGACGUCAAUCGUUAUUAUUAUUACAUCUGCAACGGCGUUGACACGAUUCACACGGCGAGCAUCGGCCAGGACUACGUCGACGCGAUACUCGCCUUGGUGCCCGGCAAUCUGCGCGAGCGAUUUCCCGAUUUCACCGCUAAUCUGGUGGCCGAGAUCAAGGAGGACUUCACGAGGAACAUGAAGAAGGCUGUCGUCAAGUUUGCGCUCGCGAAUCCCUUCGAGGACUACCUCUCGGAGGUAUUCUUUCUCUCCCGACGUACAAUGGAAAAUAUCAAACUGUGACACGUGUGAAUAUUCACAUGACGGAACAGUUUGAUAUUUCUUUCUCACUGGAUCGCGAAGCCGGAGAACGGAGAUUGACAUUUCAUCGCUGA